AGGAAAUGCCGUGUCUUUGAAUGACUUGGCCUUAGGGGAACAUAUACAGGGAGAAGAGAAUGGGGCCUAGGAUGGAGCCUUGUGGAACCCCGCAGCAAAGGCUAGCUGGGAAGGGGAAAGAGUUGCCUAUGUUUAGAGAAACUCCUAUCUUUGAGGUAGGAGACGAACCAGCUCAGGGCAGUGCCAUCAAUACCAACCCCGUACCGGAGAUGGUCAAUUAGGAUGGUGUGGUCCACUGUAUUAAAUGCUGCGCUGAGGUCGAGAAGGAGCAGGAUUGCACAGUGGCCUGAGUCAAUGGCGAGAAGCAGGCCAUUAUGUAUCUUCAACAAGGCAGACUCUGUGCUGUGGUGGGCCCUGAAACCUGAUUGGAAAAUUUCCAGGAUGGUAUUUUGGUGUAGGUAAGGCAUUAGUUGAUUUAAAAUUACCUUUUCAAGGGCUUUUGAAAGGAAAGGAAGUUGGAAAUAGGUCUGUAGUUGCUAGGCAAGGUGGUGUCUAGGUUAGGUUUUUUCAGGAGGGGCUGGACCACCGCGUGCUUGAAGCAGGUUGGAACAGUGCCAGUGGCCAGAGAACUGUUGAUGAUAGCGAGGAUGCUGGCUAUCAGAGAACUUACUGACAGCCAAAGAGUUUACGUGGCAGGAGUAGCGAGCAGGGAGAUGGGAUUUUGAGUGAGAGAAAGGGAGAGAUGCAUCGAAUAUAAUUGCGCUAUGAUCUGAUAGACAGGCAUCAAUAAUUUCUAUGUUACAAAUUGGGAGACCAGACAAGAGCACCAGGUUAAGUGUAUGGCCAAGCUUGUGCGUGCGUCCAGUGGUAAGUAGAGUCAGAUUGAAGGACUCAACCAGGUUCAUUAAUUCACUCACAAGAGGCUUAGUAGGACAGCAGACAUGAAUGUUAAAAUCACCAAGAAUCAGGACCCGGGCAAAUUUGGGCAACAAGCUAGCGAUAAGAUCAGCAAAUUGUGUGACAAAGUCCUUAUACAUUUUUGGUGGGCGAUACACAAGAACAAUUAAAAGUGGACAGAUUAGACCAACUAUAAUUAGUUGAUGUUCAAAGCUGGAGAAAUGAUCAGCGUUCAGGUUGCGGCAGCUAUUAUCAUAAAAUGCCUUAAGAAAACUCCUUGCAACCUGUAUAUUUUGUUCUGGAUAAAUUGUGGACUGCUCCGACUGCGGCAAGAACUUCACCACGGCGCAUGAGGUGAAGAGCCACCGGCGCGUGCACAUGGGCGAGAAGCCCUAUGGCUGCUCCACCUGUGGCAAGAACUUUGCCUGGUUGUCUGGGCUACGGCAGCACCGGCGGGUGCACACGGGCGAGAAGACCUAUGUCUGCUCCACCUGCGGCAAGGGCUUUGCCUGCUUGUCGGGGCUACAGCGGCACCAGCGGGUGCACAGCAGUGAGCGGCCCUUCACCUGCUCCGACUGCGGCAAAGGCUUCAAGUCGUUGCUGGACUUGAUGCAGCACCUGCGCCUGCACACGGGGGAGCGGCCCUACACCUGCAGCGACUGCGGCAAGGGCUUCACCCGCUCCAACAACCGGAAGGCGCACCAGCUCUCCCACACCAACGAGCGCCCCUACACUUGCGCCCAGUGCGGCAAGGGUUUUACCUGCUCCACCUUUCUGCUGUCCCACCAGCGGGUGCAUACUGGCGACCGUCCUUUCCACAGGCCCUUCGGUUGCUCUGACUGCGGCAAGGACUUCAAGAGGGCAGACCAGCUGAAGAACCACCGGCGGGUGCACAGCGAUGAGCGACCCUUCACCUGCUCCGACUGCGGCAAGAGCUUCAAGACGACGCAUGCGCUGAAGAACCACCGGCGGGUCCACAGCAGUGAGCGGCCCUUCACCUGCUCGGACUGCGGCAAAGGCUUCAAGUCGUUCACGGAACUGAAGGUGCACAGGCGCCUGCACACCGGGGAGCUGCCCUACAUCUGCAGCGACUGCGGCAAGGGCUUCACCCAUUCCGACAGGCUGGUGAAGCACCAGCACACCCACACCAGCGAGCACCCCUUCACCUGCGACCAGUGCGGCAAGGGUUUCACCCGCUCCUCCAGGCAGCUGUCCCACCAGCGGGUGCAUGCCGACGACCGUCCUGUCCCCAGCCUGGUGUGUGAAGAGCAAUUUGCAAUGGCCUCCCACGCCCUGUCUUACGAGCACGUGCAUACUAGUGGCCAGCCCUACGACUGCCCGUACUGCGGUGAGGCGUUUGACAGCUCGUGGAGGUUGCGGCAGCACCGACCACGCGGGUGA